AUGCCUAAACACCAAUGGUCGACAUAUAUAUCAUACGUUUGCCCUGUUACCAUCUCUGGAGGUAAGUAAUCUAAUGUUCCACAUAAUGUAUUCCUCCUGCAAUUAUUAUUAUUAAUAAACUUUACUUUAGAUCAGUUUCCACUAUAAUUAUUGCUCAUAAUUGCUUAAUUAUAAAUAUACUUACUUAGAUGAUGGUGCAUGAACAGACCAUCCAAAGUCCGCCAAUUUUACAUUGCCUUCGUAUGUAAGUAAUAAAUUUUCCGGUUUUAUAUCUCUAUGAAUGACGUUAUUCCUGUGACAAUAUUCCAAAGCAUCUGCUACUUGAUAAGUGUAUUUAGCAGAUCUGGAAAAAAGAAUAGUAAUAGAAAAUAAAAAUACGAGUUAUUUCUUGCUAAACUUUAAGCUAGUUCCAAAAGUACAUACAAAUGUUCAUUGAAUCUUUCAUUUGGUUGCCUUUUUAAUUCCUUAUACAAUUCCCCUCGAGCUGCGAACUCUAAUACAAGAUAAAUACGCUUAUGAUCGUGAAAGUACGUUAACAUUUGUAGAAUAUGUGGAUGCCUGAAAAAUUUCAUGUAACAGUAUAUCUCUAAUUAAAGUAAAAUUAAAGAAAAAAAAAAGUUCGCGGUAGUAAGUUUACCUUAAAUGCGUUUGAAUUUCAAUUUCACGCAUCACUUGCUUUUCCACGCGUCCUUUCAUUAAUUCUACUUUGUACAAAGUUUUUAACGCGACCAUAUAAUGCGUAGUUUUUUCUCUGGCUAGGUAAACCCGCCCAAACUUGCCUCUGCCUAAAGGUGCACCAAUUUCAAAAUCAUCCAAAUUCCACUGAUAGCUGAUAAGAAAAUAUUUUUAUUUCCACAAUAACGCGAAUGCAAUAUAUAAUACCUUGAUUGAAAUAAGAUUUGUUGACCAUACCUUGGUCCUCUGGCUUCAACAUGGUCUUUCAUUUUACACAAGGUAUCGAAGACAAUUUCUUUGUAAUCGGAUGAGAUAUUUGACGGACACUGGAAUACUUCUGCAUGAGCCAUAAUAUCACAAGUCAUGGACGAUCUAGAAAAUUUAAGAGCAUUCUUUUAGCAAGUUUUGCUAAAACUAAAAAUUGUUAUGCAGUUAUUUCAUGUUAUAUAAAUUUAUAUGUUAAAACAAUUCUGUAUUACCUGUGAGAUAAAACAAGAGUUAUUUAUACAACUCACAAUAUUUGAAGUAAAUUUCUCAGUGAAAUAACACUUUUUAACAAAAAGAUCAACUGCUCCAAUAUUUAGAAAAAUUUUAUCAACAAUCCAACAGCCUCCUUUCAACUUCCAACUGACAUUUUUGAUUUAAACUUUUCAAUGGAACUUUGUUGACCAAAGCGACAUCUACUAGUAAGAUCACUAAAAAUCACAAACGAUAUUUCUCAAAUUAAUUGCAGUGUAUAGACUCAUUUAUUAAAAAAUUUCAAUGAUAUUUCAAACAAAAUAAUACAAUUUUCAUAGAUUAUCUGGAAUUUUUGUAUUUGUGUUUGCGGGUUUGUGUUUGCAUAGGCCAUAUAUCUCGACGAAGUUUCCUCUCUAUCUUUUACACUUUUUACCAGCUAUCAUAAAGCAUAAAGCAGUAUCUGCUGAUCAAUUUUGACACUAGUAGUAAAAUUUUAGAAAUCUACCAGCCCGAGUGUCAUAAUGGUAAUUAAGCGCGUUAAACGUUACUUGUAUUCGUGUAAAGAAUUGGACAAUAUCGUGCACAAUCGGUUUCACGUUUGUUUUCAUCGAAGAAAAUAUGUGGUUGUUUUUAAAAUCCUAUAAAUAAAUUUUCCUUUUUCUUUUUCUUAAUACAAUGCGUACGUUCUCAUGUAUUUUCCUUUCAGGGUAACGAAAGCUCGCUGCCUAUGGAACUGUGUUCUAAUUGUAAGUCGAUAUUAAGAAUUACUCCUGUUACGUUGAAAUAACCUGUUUCACUCUGUCAAGUAUAUUCUUGUUCAAAAUAAAGAUUUCAUAUAUUUUACUAAUAGUCCGUACAGUAUUGCGAAAUUACGUCGAAUUUGUAUUUAAAAAGUUUAAUCUAAGAUCGUAUCGAAGGUAACCUCUUUUUUUUUUAAUUUUUUUUUCUUUUUGUUUGCAUAUUGCUUUCGACUUAUUUUUAUCUCCGACUAAACAUAGCACUUUACGAUGUACCGACUACCAUAUUUGUUGACACACAUGUGCACGUAAACAUACACACACACAUGCGCGCGCGCAAUUAUAUUAAUAAAAGACAUUAUCUUCACAUGGUCCUUCACUUGGAAAUAUUUGUUUUUUAGUUGACGUUGAUGAAAUUAGAAGACUGGGAAAACGGUUUCGGAAGUUAGAUUUAGAUAACAGUGGUGCUUUGAGCAUCGACGAGUUUAUGUCAUUACCAGAAUUGCAACAGAAUCCUUUGGUGCAGCGUGUCAUAGAUAUAUUCGAUGCCGAUGGUAAUGGAGAAGUAGAUUUCAAGGAAUUUAUUCAUGGUGUCUCUCAGUUCAGCGUUAAGGGUGAUAAGGAAAGCAAAUUGAGAUUUGCAUUUAGGAUCUAUGAUAUGGACAACGAUGGAUUCAUAAGCAAUGGAGAACUGUUCCAAGUAUUGAAAAUGAUGGUAGGGAACAAUUUGAAGGAUACUCAACUUCAACAGAUCGUUGACAAGACGGUAUUGUUCGCUGACAAGGAUGAAGAUGGGAAAAUCAGUUUUGAGGAAUUUUGUUCUGUAAGUAAGACAUUUCACAUGUCUCGAAAUGAGUCUAGUAAUGUAAAAUCCUUGUUUAUGUGCAAUUUCAGGUUGUUGGUAAUACAGACAUUCAUAAGAAGAUGGUAGUUGAUGUGUAAAUUGUCGAAGUUUAUAGAAAGAAAAGAUAUUAGAGAACAAAUUUAUGGUAAUAUCAAUUUGAUUUAAUGAAUUUAUUAUUAACAUUAAAUUGAUUGGAUAGUUAUAAGUAACAAAACUGUGUAGGGUGAAAUUAUGAUUGUUAUUAAGUCUUCAAUCUUAACAAAGUUCUUAAUAUGCUUAUGUAUACAUAUAUAAGUUUGUCACCUUUAAAAAUAUUUUUCCAUAGUGCAGUGUACAUUACAAUUUAAUUGACCACCAACUUUCUAAAAUCGUGCACAUUUACUAAACUGUACUGUAUAGAGUUUCAAUAUUUUAAAAAGACUUAUAAGCAACGUAUGUAGGUACAGGAAUUUUUAGUUAAAGAUAUUUAUGAGAAAAUAGCUUUGUUACUUGUUUUAUAAUUUAUAUUACUUGAUAACUACAAAAUUAUUUCAGAAUACUUUUGGGAAUGAAGUUAUAAAUGUCUAGAUUAUAUAAGAAGUUGUUUUUCUGUAUAUUGAAAUCUGAUUAACAUAUGUCUUUUCAUUAUUAUCCUAUAAUAUAUUUCACUAAUUUGGAAUAAUUGCCUACUAAACAAAAUUGCAUCUUUCAUCAACUCUAUUUCUUUAGUUUCUUAAUUAAAUAUUAUUAUAUUAUUAUGAUAGAAAUAUUUUAUUUAUUCCGUAAUGUAAGAUCUAUUAAGUUAAAUUCUGUAAGUAUGUAGUUAAUUUGUAAAAAAGUUUCUGUUCAUUUACAAAAUACAUCUGUAUAUAUCGUAUUACAUUAUUAAUUGAUUAAUUAAUUGUGCAUUUGAAAGAGAUAUUAUAUAUUCUUCAAUCAGUUAUUAACAUAUUUGAAAUCAUUCUUACAUUAACAAGAUUAAUCUUCUCGCAGAGAACUUCAAGUAGAUUAA